GUCAACACCAAAGCAUCGCUGCAAAACAGGGGUCUGUGGAACCCUGGUGGAGAUUAGGCCUGUGGGGCUGGGCCAGUUAGGGGCUGGGAUAAACUGGGGGGAGCUCGGUGCAGCCUUUGCUCUUUCCUUCCUUCCCCGGAGGGCUGCACUGCCCCGAGCCUGGGCAGGGUCCAGUCUCCCUGGAGCUGUGGGAUCAGGAGGGACCAGUCUCCUUGGAGCUGUGGGAUCAGGAGGGACCAGUCUCCCUAGAGUUGUGGGAUCAGGAGGGAACAACCUUCCUGGAGCUGCGGGAUAGGAAGGGACCAGUCCCCCCCCGAGUUGCAGGAUCAGGAGGGAUCAGCCUUCCCGGAGCUGUGGGAUAAGAAGGGACCAGUCCCCCCCGGAGCUGCGGGAUCAGGAGGGAUCAGCCUUCCCGGAGCUGCGGGAUCGGGAGGUCCAGCAGCCAUGCAGCCCCCGGGCCGGGUGCGGAGCCUGUCGCUGCAGCUGGAGGCCGGGGCUGCGUGCGGUGCCCACGGCAGCGGGGAGCUGCUGCGGGGCCGGGUGCGGCUGGAGCUGCGGGGCUCGCUGCGGCUGCGGGCGCUGGAGGUGCUGGCGCGGGGCCGCGCCGCCGCGCACUGGCUGGAGAGCCGCAGCGUGGGGCUCAACACCGUCUACCGGGACUACUCUGCCCACCAGACCUUCCUCCACCGCCGCUGCCAGCUCAUCCCCGACAAUGGUGAAGUCACCGUCCUGCAGGCAGGAAGGCACGAGUUCCCCUUCACCUUCCAGCUCCCCGAGAGCCUGGCGACCUCCUUUGAGGGGAAGCACGGCAGCGUGCGCUACUGGGUGAAGGCCAAGCUGCGCAGGCCCUGGGCACCCGUGAAGAAGGUGAAGAAGGAGUUCACCGUGAUCGAGCCCAUCGACAUCAACACGCCCGCGCUCCUGGCUCCCCAGGCAGGUGCUAAGGAGAAACUUGCUCGUGCCUGGUACUGCAACCGUGGCCAGGUUUCUGUGACUGCCAAGAUUGACCGAAAAGGCUACACCCCAGGUGAGGUCAUCCCCAUCUUUGCUGAGAUCGACAACGGCACGAGCCGAGCGGUGCUGCCCAAGGUGGCCAUUGUCCAGACUCAGACCUUCAUCGCUCGGGGCACCAAGAAGCAGAAGAGGUCGGUGGUGACCAGCAUUGCUGGGGACCCCGUUGCCGCGGGGAAGCGGGAAGUGUGGCACGGGCGGGCGCUGAAGAUCCCGCCAGUGGGUCCGUCCAUCCUCCAGUGCCGCAUCAUCCAGGUGGAAUAUUCCCUGAAGGUUUGUGUGGAUAUUCCUGGGACAUCCAAGCUGCUCCUUGAACUGCCGCUUGUCAUCGGAACCAUCCCGCUGCACCCGUUCGGGAGCCGCACGUCCAGCGUCAGCAGCCAGUUCAGCAUCAACCUGGACUGGCUGAGCCCCAUCCCGGAGCAGCCAGAGGCUCCCCCUGAAUACUCAGCAGUCGUGUCCAGCCCAGAGGUUGAGCAGACCCUGGCUCCUCCGUGCCGCAGCCAACUCGGCGACGUCCUGGAAGGUCCCUUCUUUGCCUACAUCCAGGAGUUUCGCUUUCGGCCACCUCCGCUGUACUCGGAGAUCGACCCCAACCCUCCUUCAGCCAACAUCCGUCCGCGCUGCAUGACCUGUUGAGGGAGGCGCUCGGGAUGCGGUUGGUGGUGAUCCCUUGGGAUGCAGCUGGCACCCUCGCAGCACGUCGGGCUGGAAAUGGAUACACAGCAGCCAUGAGCCUGGAGCUCCUGCAGUGACCCCCAGCUCCACUCACUGCCCUUGGCUGCUCCUGGGAAUGUCCCACUGAGCGUGGUCUGAGGGGCUCGUGUGUGGAAGGAGAAGACGCGAGACCCCGCGGCGCGGAGCGGCUCCUUGGGCAGGACACGGGGGGCAGUGACCCCAGGGUUUGGGGGCACAAAGGGGGGAUGUUUGCUCUCCCCUUGCCUGCUGUGGCCUGCGGGCAACUCCUGUCCUGGAAAACAGGAGCUUGGAGGGAUUUCUUCAAGCUUCUCGAGAGUAAUUUAAUCUUGCUGAGGUUUGAGCCCCAUGGGGAUGCAGGUGCAGCCCUUCUCCUGCAGCAGCUCCCUGGGAUUGAAGUUCCCUGAGGAAGUCAAAGGCCUUUUUCUGUCCGGAUGAAGCAGAGACUUCAGCCACUGUUGAUAAUCUUUGCCACAAGCCUGGUGAUGCCUGCAGGGGGAAUGGUUUGGGGUAGUCUGCCAAAACUCAGGGCUUCUGUGGGCUGUUACCAGGGCAGAGGACUUGGGGGGAAGGGUUUAUGAUCCCUGGCAGCAUUUUGGUGGCAUUUACCAAGAACAGAAAAGCUGGUUCCUGUGCAUCCCCAGGCCUCCCCAGUGUGCUGAGCUGUCCACCACAACGGAGCUGAAAACCCACCCCCCAAACCACAGUAUCACCAUGGAGGGGUUGGAACCGUUGCUCUGGCACCUCCUUGGUGGCCUAGGAGAUGGGAAGGAAGCUUGGUCAGAAGCUGGUGGCAGCCAGCAAUGCUGAUGGGAGGUGUGUGGAUUUGAAAUGAGUCCUUCAGGUCCAGGAGUCCAGCCCAGCAUGAGCUUGAUCCUGUGCCCGUAGAGAGGUCGGUGACCCCGGUGUGGUGGGGCCACGCCAGCAACUUGUGCUCACUGGUGUGGGAACUGAGAAAAGAGCGUGUGUGCUGGGGGCUGACCCUGCCCUUUCCAGCACAGAGCAGAGUUUGGGUGCUGAGGACCUUUGCAUUCCCUCCCUGAGACAAUCCUCCCCGUGCACGACCAACGCCGAGCGUGCCAGGGCCGCGCUCUGCUCCCUGAGGGUUGCUCAGAUGAUUUUUAAUUUUUUUCCUUCUGUUUGUACCUGUGAACACUUUUGUAAUGACCACUCUCUGAUGAAGUCUUUUUUUUUUUUUUCUACCACUGUUUUGUUGGGGAAUUUUUCUUUGAAAUAAAUUCUUUCAACCCA